AUGGGGCGCACAAAGAAGCUGACAGAACCCCAGGGUACCCCCAGACCAUCGGGAUCCGCGGUCGAGCCAUCUAUCCGCUCCUUCCUCACAACUCCACGGGACUUCGCGUCCCAACCAGAAAUGGAGAGCUCAAAUGAGACCGCGACCCCCGCCGGAUUCUCUCUGGCUUCAUCAGCCUCGCCGGAAGCGCAGGGGACACUAGAUGGGGACCUGCGAGCCCUCCUGCCCAAUCUGCUUACCAAGGUAGAUCUGGAAGCCCUCUCAGACCGCCUCAGCAGAGUUAUUAGGGAUGAACUGGCCCAGGUGAGGGCGGAUGUAGCCUCUAUGGACGCAUGACUUAUGGCUUCAGAGACAGAUACCAGAGCCCUCCGAUCUGACCAUGAACUCGCCCGCACUUCAAUUAACAGCUGUGAAGCCAGCUUGGCCCACCUAACCACCUGGGUUGAUGAUCUCGAUAAUAGGGGCUGCAGGCCUAACCUCAGAGUGCGGGUGGUGAGGGGGGCCCGACAGAACCUACUCGAGAUCCUACGCACCGUCUUCAGCCAUGCCCUGGGAGGACAACAAAUCCAUAGACUGGGCCUGGUCAGAGCCCACCACGCUCUGUGCGCACCACCUGCAACCGGCGAACAGCCACGGGAUAUUGUCUGCUGCCUAGACAAUUUUGCCAUGAAGGAAGAUAUCUUCCGCGGCGCACACCGCAUGGGCACAAUCCGCAUCGAUAACCAGCAUAUAUCCAUCUACCAGGACAUCUCCCGCUACACCCUGCAGGCAAGAAAGGCUCUCAGACCAAUAACCAUAGCACUCCAAGCGGCAGGUAUUCCUUACAGAUGGAAAUACCCCUUCUGUCUAUCCGCACGCAGAGGACCGGACCUCCACGUUAUACGGACCCCGACGGACGCCCCUGA